ACCGGAAGCGGGCGGUUUGAACUGGAAGCUGCGCUCUGCCCCGUGGAGGCUGCGGCAGAAUCGGACUGUCGGCGGCAGGUUUGCCUUCCCCGGUGGAAAGUUUCUUUACAAAUGUUGGAAUAAUAAAGAAAAGACUAAAAUGAGCUGGGCUUUGGAAGAAUGGAAGGAAGGCCUGCCUACAAGAGCUCUUCAGAAAAUUCAAGAACUUGAAGGACAGUUGGACAAACUGAAGAAAGAGAAACAGCAAAGGCAGUUUCAGCUUGAAACUCUGGAGGCUGCACUGCAGAAGCAAAAACAGAAGGUUGAGAAUGAAAAAACUGAGGGCACAAACCUGAAAAGGGAAAAUCAAAGGUUGAUAGAAAUAUGUGAAAACCUGGAGAAAACUAAGCAGAAGAUUUCUCAUGACCUUCAAGUCAAGGAAUCACAAGUAAAUUUCCAAGAAGGACAACUGAAUUCAAGCAAAAAACAAAUAGAAAAACUGGAACAGGAACUUAAAAGGUGUAAAUCUGAGUUUGAAAGAAGCCAACAAGCUGUGCAGUCUGCAGAUGUCUCCCUGAAUCUGUGCAAUACACCACAAAAAAUUUUUACAACACCACUUACACCUAGUCAAUAUUAUAGUGGUUCCAAGUAUGAGGAUCUAAAAGAAAAAUAUAAUAGAGAAGUUGAAGAACGAAAAAGAUUAGAAGCAGAAGUUAAAGCCUUGCAAGCUAAAAAUACCAACCAGGCUAUUCUCCAAACUACCAUGAAUCACCGAGACAUUGCUCGACACCAGGCUUCGUCGUCAGUGUUCUCCUGGCAGCAGGAACGGACCCCAAGUCGGCUUUCAUCCAAUUCUCAAAACACUCCAGUUAGGAGAGAUUUCAUUUUUGGGGACCAGGAGGUGACUCCAAGUAGAUCAGCUUUGCAAAGAGGGAAAAGAGAUGCUAAUAGCAGUUUCUGUGAUAAUUCUAACAGUUCCCACCUUUUGGAUCAACUAAAAGCCCAAAAUCAAGAGCUAAGAAACAAGAUUAAUGAGUUGGAACUACGUCUGCAAGGACAAGAAAAAGAAAUAAAAGGCCAAGUGAUUAAAUUUCAAGAGCUGCAACUUCAACUGGAUAAAACAAAAGUUGAAUUAAUGGAAAAAGAGAAAGUUUUGAACAAAAAUAGGGAUGAACUCAUGAGAACAACAGCACAAUAUGACCAGGCAGCAGCCAAGUGUACGACACUGGAACAAAAACUGAAAAAACUGACUGAAGAUUUGAGUUGUCAGCGACAAAAUGCAGAAAGUGCCAAGUGUUCUCUGGAACAGAAAAUUAAGGAAAAAGAAAAGGAGUUUCAUGAGGAGCUCAGCCGUCAACAGCGAUCUUUCCAAACACUUGACCAAGAGUACACUCAAAUGAAAGUGAAGCUCACCCAGGAGCUACAGCAAGCCAAGAAGACGUACAACAUCUUGCAGGCUGAACUGGAGAAAGUAACAUCAGUAAAGCAAGAGCUAGAAAAGCAUUUGGCCGAGUUGAAACAGAAGUUCCUGAGAACUGAGCAGGUGCUGCAGGAGAGUCAGAGCCAGGAGAGUGAGCUGAGGAGAAGCAGUGAGGACAUGAAGAAGGAAAAUGGCCUCCUGAAGAGCCAGUCUGAGCUGCGGGCCCGAGAAGUCUGCCACCUGGAGGAAGAGCUCAAGAAGGUCAAAGAGUGUUUAAAUCAGAGCCAGAGUUGGGCAGAAGAGAUCAGAGCCAAGAAUGCCUCUCAGGAAACUGUGAUAAGAGAUCUUCAAGAAAAAAUAAAUCAGCAGGAAAAUUCCUUGACUUUGGAUAAACUGAAGCUUGCCUUGGCUGACCUGGAAAAGCAGCGAGAUUGUUCUCAAGACCUUUUGAAGAAAAGAGAACAUCACAUUGAACAACUGAAUGAUAAGCUAAGCAAGCUAGAGAAAGAGUCCAAAGCUUUAUUGAGUGCUUUGGAAUUAAAAAAGAAAGAAUAUGAAGAAUUGAAAGAAGAGAAAACCAUGAUUUCUUGUUGGAAAAGUGAACAUGAGAAACUUUUAACUCAGAUGGAAUCAGAAAAGGAAAGCUUGCAGAGUAAAGUCAGUCACUUAGAAACCUGCCUGAAGACUCAACAGAUAAAAAGUCACGAGUAUAAUGAGAGAGUAAGAACACUGGAGAUAGAAAGAGAAAACCUAAAUGUUGAGAUCAGAAACCUUCACAAUGUGAUAGACAGCAAGUCUGUGGAGAUAGAGACUCAGAAACAAGCUUAUGUAGAAUUACAGCAGAAAGCUGAAUUCUCUGAUCAAAAACAUAAGAAGGAAAUAGAAAAUAUGUGUUUGAAAAUGUCUCAGCUUACAGGGCAAGUUGAAGAUCUAGAACACAAACUUCAGUUAUUUUCAAGUGAAAUAAAGGACAAAGACCAGUGUUACCAAAGAUUGCAUGCUGAGUAUGAGAGUCUUCAGGAUUUGCUAAAAUUCAAAGAUUGUUCUCUCACAACAAAUGAGGACCAUCAGAGAAGUCUUCUGGCAUUAGAACAGCAGCCUGCAGUGAAUAAGUCCUUUGAAAAUGUAAUGGGAGAACAAAGAAGCAUGCCUUCUGAAAGGGGUGAAUGCCAAUUACAAGCAGACCAAAGUCUGAAAAAUUCACAUAUUUUAGAAAAUGAGGUUGUUUCACUUGAAUUUUCAUUAGAGUCUCAAAAGCAGAUGAACUCAGAUCUGCAAAAGCAGUAUGAAGAGUUGGUGCAAAUCAAAGGCGCAAAAGAAGAAAACCUCAGUGAAACAGAACAGAUGCAUCAGAGCUUUGUGGCUGAAGAAAGUCAGCAUGUUAGUAAGUUACAAGAAGACACUUCUUGUCAUCAGACUGUUGCAGGAACUUUAGUUGCUUUUGCAAAGAAGGAAAGAGAGUUGCAACUUUUGAAUGAAAAAUUAGAAACUGAGGAAGCAGUGAUUGAAGAAUUAAAAAAGAGCAACCAUUUACUUGAAAACUCUCUAAAGGAGCUACAGCUUUUAUCUGAAACCCUCAACUCAGAGAAAAAGGAAAUGAGUUCUGUCAUUGCUCUAAAUAAAAAAGAAAUUGAAGUGCUGACCCAGGAGAAUGAAACUCUCAAGGAAAUUAAUGCAACCUUAAAUCAAGAGAAGAUAUUCUUAUUCCAAAAAAGUGAGAGUUUUUCAAACUGUUUAGAGGAAAGAGAGAAAAGCCUUUCAGAGUUAGCUGCUCAGUACCAGCAAGAAAGACUUAUUUUAUUGCAAAGAUGUGAAGAAACUGAAAAUAGAUUUGAAGAUCUUAGUGUAAACUACAAAGCAGCACAAGAAAAGAACUCUAAAUUAGAAUCCUUGCUAAAUGAAUGCACUAGUGCCUGUGAACAUAGAAAAGAUGAAUUGAAACAGCUGAAGGACACAUUCACGAAGGAACACCAAGAAAUCUUGACGAAAUUGGCUUCUGCUGAAGAAAGAAACCAGAAACUGAUACUUGAGUUGGAGAUGGUGGAGCAGAAUCUGAGAUCUGAGAUAACAGAUAUCCAAAACCAUUCCAAGGGGGAGGCUGAUGGAUUAAAGCAAGAAAUCAUGAUCUUAAAGGAAGAACAAAUUAAGAUGCAAAAGGAAGUUAAUGACUUGCUACAAGAGAAUGAGCGGCUGAUGAAGUUAACAAAGCCUAAGCAUGAGCAUCAAAAUCUAGAAUUGGAACUAGUUAGGAAUUCUAUGAAAUCUAGAGAGAACGAGGUAAAUAACUCUAGUUUUCAGCUUCCAAUGGAUCUUGAGCUGAAAGACAUUCCUCCAGGCAGCGUAGACGGUUAUAACACACAAAUGGUACAAUUAGAGGCUAUUAUAAGAAAUAUGGAAUUAAAGCUUCAGCAAAGUGAGGAGGAGAAAGAGUGCCUGCAGCAUGAAUUACAGACAAUUAGAAGAGAAAUGGAAGUUGGAAAUUUGCAAGGCAGUCAGUCACAAGAAAUUAGUGGCCUUCAAGACUGUGAUGCAGAUGCAGAAGGAAAGUAUAUUUCAGUGCUCCAUGAGCUGUCAACAAGUCACAGUGACAAUCCACACCUUCAGUGUUCUUUGCAGACAGCAAUGGACAAAUCAGCUCAACUGGAAAAAUGUGAAAUGUUGGAGGUUGGGAAACCUCAACUGGUAUCAGAGCUGAAUGAUUCAAGAUCAGAAUGCACCAUAGCAGCUAGUAAAAUGGCAAAAGAGGCAGAGAAACUAGUAAGUGAAGAUAAAAUAUUGAACAAUGUAAAUGGUGUUCAAUGUGAGUUAGUGAAAGAAAUGCCAGAAGGUGAAUUUGGUGAACAACAAAAUGAGCAGAAAUGUGUGUGCUUGACUCCUUUGGAUGAUAGUAAUUCCUGUGAGAGCAUGCCAUUGUCUAGCAAAGAAAUUCUAAUACACUUUGCUGAAUUGCAGGACAUAUUCUCAUCUCCACAAAGGGAAAAGAGAAUUUCACAUGAUCAUAUCUGUCAAAUGAAAUCUAAGAUGUCAGAACUCCGGUCCUGCGCUGACCCAUUAAAGAUAGAAAAUCCUGUCUUGUUGAUGAAUCUGAGAAACUUUCAAGGUGACCUAGCAAAGGAGAUGAAGCUAGGACCUGAGGAGAGGUCCUUGAUUUGUGACAGCCCUAGUCUUAGCAACUUUGGAAAAUCCUCUUUUUACAAAGAUCUUUUAGAACAGACAGGAGAGUUGUCUCUUUUGAAUAAUUUGGAAGGGAGUGUUUCAGCAAGCCAGUCAAAUGUAGAUGAAGUAUCUUGCAGCAGUGUUCAGGAGGAGAACCUGAUGGUGGGAGAGAUCCCCUUUGCCCCAGUGAAGACUGUUGAAGAACUUGAGACACUUUGUCACUUGCACUUGCAGUCCCUCAAGAAUCUGGAAGGAAAAAUCAAAAGUCAAGGGGUUAUGAAAAAUAAGGAAAUUCAGGAGCUUGAACAGUUACUGAGUGCUGAAAGAAAAGGGCUUGCCUGCCUUAGGAAACAAUAUUUGUCAGAAAAUGAACAGUGGCAGCAGAAGCUGACGAAUGUGACUUUGGAGAUGGAGGCUAAAUUGGCCGCAGAAAGGAAGCAGACAGAGCACCUGUCCCUUGAGCUUGAAGUUGCACGACUUGAGCUACAAAGGUUGGAUUUAAGUUCUCGAUCUUUGCUUGGCACUGACCUAGAAGAUGCUAUUCAUGGCCAAAAGGAUAGCUGUGACAUAAAAGGAUCAGCAAAGAAUAAUCCAGAAACUGCAGAAGGAACACCUAAGUGUAACACUCAUCAUACUUGUGAUCAAGAUGAUCAGCAGGACCCCAGUGGAGAGACUGAGACAUUCCCUGGGGCUGGUGCAGUCAGGCAUACAGUAAAGUGGUCUGGGGAACAGCCCUCGGAAGUAAAUUAUGAGACUCCAGGGGAAGACAAAGCCCAAGGCAGCUCAGAAUGCAUUUCUGAAUUGUCACUUUCUGUUCAGAAUGCUGUGGUACCGAAUGAUUUUCUGGAGAAUCAGGUAACCAUCCAGACCCUCCAACUGCAGGUUAAGGAGAUAUCAAAUGAGAAUUUGAGAUUACUUCACAGGAUAGAGGACCAGGACAAAAUCGCUGAAAAUUUACUGAAUGAAAUAAAAGAUUUAAAUUCAAAACUCAAUUUACAGGAAGUACAACUAAUGACUAAUAUUGAAAUAUGCACACAAUUGGAAAAAGUAGUUGAGGAACUUAAGAAAGAAAAAUCAGAUUUAAGUGAAAAAUUGAAGUCCUUUUCUUGUGAUAACCAGGAGUUACUCCAGAGAGUAGAGACUUCAGAAGACCUCAGUUCUAAUUUAGAAAUGGGCACAGAUAAAUUCUCACAUGAAGUUAUUGGAGAUAAGGUAACUGGAGUAAAUAACAACUGGAAAGAGAGAUUUCUUGAUGUAGAAAAUGAGCUAAACAUGAUGAAGUCUGAGAAAGCUAGCAUUGAGCUCCAGGCUCUUUCUGUAAAAAAGGACUUAGAGAUAGUUCAAACAGAGAAGCUAGAUUUAGAAAAAAACAAUGAAAAUAAGCAGAAAGUUAUUGUGUGUCUUGAAGAAGAACUCUCUGUGGUCACUAGUGAGAGAAACCAGUUUCAUGAAGAAUUAGAUACUGUGUUGAAAGAAAAGAAAGCAUUGGAUCGAAUCUCUGAAGAGAUGAAGGAGAAAAUGCAAGAACUCGAGUCUCGUCACAGUGAGUGUCUCCAUCACAUUCAGGUGGUAGAAGCUGAGGUAAAGGAGAAAACUGACUGUGUCCAGACAUUGUCUUCUGAAGUGAGCAAGUUGUUAAAAGAUAAAACUCAUCUCCAAGAGCAGCUGCAGGAUUUGGAAAAGGAGUCACAGGCAUGGUCAUUGAUAAAGUGCGAGUUGGAAAACCAAAUCGGACUCUUGAAUAAAGAGAAAGAAUCACUGGUCAGGGAAUCGGAAAGCCUGCAGGCCAAACUGAGUGAGAUGGAACAGGAAAAGCUGUCUGCUUCUAUGGCCUUGGAGGUUGCACUAAUGGAGAAAAGUGAGUUCGCAGUGAGGCUGAGCUCAACACAAGAGGAAGUACAUCAACUGAGAAGAGGCAUUGAGAAACUGAGAGUCCGCAUUGAGGCAGAUGAAAAUAAGCACCUUCGUGUCACAGAAAAACUGAAAGAAAGUCAGCGUGAGAGUGAUUUGCUUAAGGAUAAAGUUGAGAACCUUGAAAGGGAAUUGCAGAUGUCUGAAGAAAACCAGGAGCUGGUGAUUCUUGAUGCUGAGAAUUCCAAAGCAGAGGUAGAGACCCUAAAAGCAAAAAUAGAAGAGAUGACUGAAAGCCUGAAAGCUUUAGAAUCAGAUCUUGUCAUAGUAAGAUCUGAUAAAGACAGUCUGACCAAACAACUGCAAGAAAAACAAGGUCAAGUGUCAGAAUUAGACAACUUGCUCUCUUCAUUUAAAAGUCUGUUAGCAGAAAAGGAGCAAGUGGAAAUACAGAUAAAAGAAGAAUCUGAAACUAAAAUGGAGAUGCUUCAAACUCAAUUGAAAGAGCUAAAUGAGGAAGUAGCAGUUUUGUGCAAUGACCAAGAGACCUGGAAGGACAAAGAACAAAGUCUAGACCCACCAGAAGAGGCAGUGCAUCAGCUGAGAAGUUACAUAACAAAGCUAAAAGUGCACGCAGAAGCUGAUGAAAAGAAGCAGCUCCAUGUCUUGGAACAACUGAAAGAAAGUGGGCAUCAUGCAGAUUUGCUCAAGAAUCAAGUUAAAAACCUUGAGAGAGAAUUAGAGUUGUCAGUAAAAAAUCAAGAGCAUGUGCUUCUUGAGGCUGAGAAUUCCAAAGCAGAGGCUGAGGCCCUAAAAUCAAAAAUAGGAGAGAUGGCUUCAAACCUGAGAGAUUUGGAAUUAGAUCUUGUUAAUAUGAGGUCAGAAAAAGAAAGAAUGACAAAAGAAUUACAAAAAGAGCAAGAGCGAGUAUCAGAAUUAGAGGUACUGAACUCUUCACUUGAAAAUACAUUGCAAGAAAAAGAGCAAGAAAAAAUACAGACUAAAGAAAAAUCUGAAAUUGCAGUGGAGAUGCUUCAAGCACAAUUGAAAGAGCUAAAUGAGAAGAUGAUGGCCUUGUGUAAUGACCAGGAGACCUGCAAGACCAAAGAACAGAAUCUGAGUAGUCAAGUUGACUGUCUUGAACUUGAGAAGGCUCAGUUGCUACAAGACCUUGAUGAGAGCAAAAAUAAUUACAUUAUUUUGCAGUCUUCUGUGGAUGGCCUCAUGCAAGAAGUAGAAGAUAGCAAACAGAAAUUAGGGAAGAAGGAGGAAGAAGUUAGUAGGCUAAAAGAUCAAAUUCAGGACCAAGAGCAGCUUGUCUUCAAGCUGGCACAGGUGGAAGGAGAGCAGCAACUUUGGAUGAAGCAAAAAAUGGAACUAGAGAAUCUGACAGUGGAAUUGGAGCAGAAGAUCCAAAUGCUGCAAUCCAAAAAUCACACUCUGCAGGAUUCCUUGGAAGUGCAGCAGAGUUCCUACAAGGAUGUAGAGAAGGAACUUGAACUGGCAAAAAUGGAAAAAAUAUCCUUUGUUGAAAAAGUCAACAAAAUGACAGUGAAGGAAGCAGAACUGCAGAGGGAGAUGCAUGAGAUGGUCCAGAAAACAACACAGCUGAAAGAAGAGUUUAGUGUGGAGAAAAAGAAACUAACUGAAGAAUUAAAAGUACUGUUGGAGGAAAUACAGAGCAGCAAAGUGAAUAAUCUAAAAUGUGUAAAUCAGCUGAAGAAGGAAAAUGAACAGGCCCAGGGGAAAAUAAAGUUGUUGCUCAAAUCCUGUAAGCAGCUGGAAGAGGAAAAGAAAAUGUUGCAGAAAGAGCUGUCUCAACUUGAAGCUGUGCAGGAGAAGCAGAAAACAGGUACUGUUGUAGAUGCUAAUAUAAGUGAAUUGUUGACUGAGAUGAAAGAACUAAAAGAAAUUCUUGAAGAAAAAACCAAGGAAGCAGACGAAUACUUGGACAAGUACUGUUCUCUGCUUAUAAGCCAUGAGAAGUUGGAGAAAGCUAAAGAGAUGCUGGAAACAAAAGUUGCUCGUUUGAGUUUACAACAAUCUAAGCCCAGUCUCCGAAGUUCUCCUUUGCUAAGUUCAGUUGUUCCAGAACCAUCUCCGAUCCCCUCUGUUACUGAAAAGAAGUUAUCAUCUGGCCAAAGGAAAGCUUCAGGCAAGAGGCAAAGGUCUAGUGGGAUUCGGGAGACUGGAGGAGGAUCAACACCUUCUACCCCAGAGAUGUUUUCUAAAAAAAGUAGGAAAGUAGGCAAAAGUAGUAUUCACCCAGGAGAGGACAUAGAAUAUACAGAAUUUGAGCCUGAAGGACUUCCAGAAGUUGUCAAGAAAGGGUUUGCAGACAUCCCAACAGGAAAGACCAGCCCUUAUGUCCUGCGGAGAACAACCAUGGCAACGAGGACAAGCCCCCGCCUCGCUGCGCAGAAGUCAGCACUCUCCUCUGUAAAUCAGGGCAAAGAAAAUCUUGCAGAGUCCUCCAAACCAACAGCUGGUGGCAGUAGAUCACAAAAGGCCAAGGCUGCUCAACAGAGCCCAGUAGGUUCAUGCACCACCUUCCAAGAACCCACCAUGAAAUCUGUCUCUGUCAACAAUCUUCUCAAGAGAAAUUCACCAGACAGCUCCAGAGAGGACCCCAAAGCCAAGCGAGACCAACUUAUCUGCAGCCCAGAAGCUGGACCUGAGUCCAAGAGCAGUGAGAACUGUCGGGUCCAGUGAGAGACCCUGGGUCAGCACCCCUGGAUGGUGGCAGCGUUGCAUAAACAGUUCUCUGCCCACAGGGACUUUGCUUUAGUCAGGGAGCACUUUAUCAGUGGGAAGAAAACAAUAUCUUAGUAAUCUAAAUGUGUUGUAUGUUAUACUCUUUAUAUCUCCCCUGUGUAGAUAUUGGAAAAGUUUGAAAGCACUGAUUACCUAUUCAUUGUUAAUAUUCCUCUACUAUACUGUAAAUAGUACUGGAUAAAACUUUUCAGUAUGUUACAAUUAAGUAGCAAGUGUUACAUAACUGUGGAAUUUACACCAAAAAAUGCAAAACAUUUCCAACUGACAGCUCACAAGAAAAUGUAAACUUUUUUUUUUGACCUUUCCUAUGUAUAAAGAUAAGCAUGAAAUAGAUUGAGAAUGUCUUUGAACUGAGUACAAUGUAGAAAAACUAUUUUGUAUGUUUUUAAGGAAAACAUAUACACAUAAUACACAUGUGAAGGUGUUCAUCCAUCCCUCCCAAUGUGUUUGAUAACUCUUUACUUACAUAAUUUGUACAUAUGUGUGUGUAGGUGGUGGGAGGUGUGUGUUUAUUUCCAAUUAAUCUGGUUGUAGUUUCCUUAGAGGUAUAGUAUAUCAUGUUUUCUGUCAUUGUGUUCUCUUUUUAAGAUCCUUAUAGUUCUUUGUUAUUUUCAUAUCUGGUGAUUUUGUAUUAAAAUAUGGCUCUUUUCAUAAUCAUCUGCUUU